AUGCGGACUGUCUUUCAUAAACGCUUCAAUGGGUUUGUUGGAUUUUACAGGACCUGGGACGAGUAUAAGAACGGCUUUGGUGAUGUCAGAGGAGAGUAUUGGCUUGGAAACGAAAAGAUUCAUCAACUGACUGAGAUUCCGAGUCAGCUGCGAGUGGAAAUCAACACGACAUCAAGUGGAAAUAGAUAUGCCAAGUACAGUAAUUUUACAGUUACUAACGAGGCUACUAACUACACACUGUUUGUCGAUUUCUAUUCCGGCUCAGCAACCGAUCAACUUAAAAACCAUAACAGCAUGGCUUUCACUACCAAGGAUCGGGAUAACGACCAAAACAGUGGCAAUUGUGCUCAAUCCCGAAAAGGAGCUUGGUGGUAUAAAAACUGUUACUCUUCGAAUCUGAAUAGUAACUAUGGAGACGGGGAUUAUCGGUGGAACUGGGGCCCCCUCAAGGGAAGUGAGAUGAAACUCAAACCAAAAUCUCCGUGAACGAUAAACUUUAACGUUUGCCAAUAAAAAGCCCGAUCAAAAUGAAGGAAAAAGAAGAAAAAAGCUCUUAAAAACAAAUUGUUUUUUAACAGUUUGUUUUAUAGUGCAUGAUUUGAAGAUAGAAUUGUAGCUCUUUUGAACGGCAGUCUUCCAUUAUCGAGCGGCCAUAUCUUUUCCUCCCGCGUUUACUAGCACAUUCUUCCGUAAUAACUACAUAAACUACACAUCUAUUUCAGGUCACGGCAGAGCAGUUUUCAACUCGGUGUCAAAAAAGCAAAACCAAAAUAA